AUGUGUGGACCAUGGCGAAAACUUACUUUUCGUGAAAAAUUAUUGUCAAUUGUUAUAAACGAAGUCACAUGGGGGAUAAUUGUUAUUUGCGCUUGUGCUAUUGCUCUGAUCAUUGUGUGGGCAGUAAAUAGUCCAGUUGAAUGGCAGAAAUACAAAGAUCCUGUCCAUGAGCAGGAAUUGGCCAGUAUUAUUGGUGGCAUUUUUGCUAUUGUUGCAACAAUAAUGAGUCUGAUUCAAAUUAUUCAACAUUUUGCUCACAAAUCUGACAAAGCUUCUCAAAAGAGAAUCAUGCGAAUAUUGGGUAUGGUACCUGUGUACGCUAUAACCGCUUGGCUAUCUCUGCUCUUUUUCGAAUCGGCUAUUUAUAUGGAAUUUAUUCAAGCAUGUUAUGAAGCCUAUGUUGUUUAUUGUUUUCUUCUUUUAUUAACAAAGUAUCUUGGUGGCCAUCGAGGUGUAGAAGAGACAAUUGCACACAAAGAAAGUAUUCAUUUGGCAUUUCCAUUUGGAUGUUGUUGUAAACCAUUACCAAAUGCAAAAUGGGUAUGGUAUUUUAAAGUCGGUCUUUUACAAUAUUCAUGGAUUACGCCAAUAUGUGCAGGUGUAGCCGUUGUUUUGAAUUUGGCAAAUGUCUAUAGUAAUGGUCUAUGGAAAUUUAAUCGUGGUUAUCCAUAUAUUACAAUUAUUAUUAAUGUUAGUCAAGCAUUAGCUCUUUAUAGUUUAAUAACAUUCUACAGUAAUUUGAAACAUGAACUAAAAUCCUUUCAACCACUCGCAAAAUUUAUUACAAUAAAACUUCUUGUUUUCUUCAUCUUUUGGCAAUCAGUUCUCAUGAGUGGUCUUGCAGCUGUUGGCGCUCUUCGAAAUACUCAAUGUGAUCCGCAAGUCAAUUCCUAUUGUCAUGGCUCAACAACAGGAUUUACAGUUGAGGAAGAGAAAAUUAUAUUAUCAAAUAUAUUGGUCUGUGUUGAAAUGUUCUUUUUUGCAAUCGCUCACCAUUGGAUUUUCAGUUGGAAACCGUAUGCAACUGGAGAAUUCAAAGAGCUCAUCGAGUCUCGAUAUCCUCAAAUGGCCAACAACAAGAAGGAAACUGAUGAACAGAUUAUUACCACAAGGUUUUAA